GAUAUACUUCAACUUGGUCAAAACCUGGCACUACUCAAAUCCAACGUUUUCGAUGGCCGGCGCGACUGCUGUAGACUUAGUCUUAAGGCGAAUCAUUCAAAGUGCUCAAGAAACCCAACGCCUAUGCAUAGCCUACCCGACAUCGCUGGGCUCACCCGCAUAUCAAUCUUCUCCACGCCAACCUCUUACCAGCAUGUCCCUUCCUGACCCUCCCUCAAUUAAACCUGCCCUCAUAGCUGCAGGUGCAUGUCCAGAAAUCGCGCAAGCAAUCGAUCAAGCAUAUCAGAAGCGGGCAACUGACUUGCGAAACGUCUGUCACUCGGCUGUAACGCUUAUAUACUCAACCAAGUACCCUUCGAAUGUUCGCCAUAGCCCAAAUCAAAAAGUCCUGUCCGUAUUUACCGAGCUAUAUCUCAGACAGCUCGUCACGUGGAGAGAAGAAGGUGUUGCCUCCUAUCUUAAACACUCACCAACAGGCGAUAAAACACAAACUUCAAGUUCAGCAAAAUUUAAUCAUGAAUAUGUUCCAUUGCUCGAAUACUUCUUCGCAGAGAACCCAUUCCCAACUCAUGCAGACAAGGCUUUUCUUGCAAAGAAAUCAGCAAUGACGUAUCGUCAGAUUCAUGUUUGGUUUCAAAACAAGCGCAAUAGAAUGAAGAAAGAGGGCAAAGUUUUAAGGAAGAAAGCAGUAGCCGAGGGUGCCACUCUUCCUUUGGAUAACUUGUACCAGCGUAUGGAGAAAUUUAUUGUACCGGAAGAAAAGAAGGCGCUCCCGUCGCCUCCCAGUCCUCCACAUUCUCCUACCAAGCGAGGAGACGAGAUAAUGGCUGUCGCAGACAACCUAUGCAAUCCACUCGAACCCAUGGCACCUUUGCACGCAUUUCCAUCGUCUUCAUGCUCGUAUGAUCCUUUUCCAUCGAGGAAUGGUGUGACCAAUUUUGGUGCGCCAAAAUGGUUCCGAUGCCCAAUGACCACAGUUGUCAGACGUCCUACAUUUGACAUUGAUAGGCUCGUAGAUCGUUUCUCGAGGAUAAACAUACUGGAUGAUUCUGGUUCGCGUUCAUGCGGUAGCGCCGAUUCAUUUGCAGCUGUGGCUGCCAUCACGGUUAUGCCCUUCCCUGCGCCUCUGCCUGCCCUCAUUCGGAGGCCACCUACGCAUAUCGCACCCGUCCGUACCCCCCUACAUUCCGUUCCUGCAACUGCAGCUCGCCGCCAUGUCUUCAACACCUCCAGUCCUCAGUCAAGGCCUAUCACAUUGGUGCCAACUUCUGAGACUCCAAAAGGGCAGAAGGUUCGCCGAAAAAUGGCACCAUUGCCAAAACGCAUCCCUCGCGGGAGCCCAGUUUCUCACCGGGGUGUCACGCCAGCUGUUUCAGAGGCGUCUGUCGCCUCACCUUCGCCAUCAUCCCCCUGGUGUUCGUCUUCAUUCGGGUCUGAGAGUUCUUCACAGGGCCGCCUAUUCUCAAGUGCGAGCUCCAUAUCGAGCAGUUCUUCCAGCGUCAUGACACCAGCUCCAUUCCCCUCACCUUCGAUACAGCUUACGUCUCCUGCAACCUCCUUGUACAAUUUCUCCUCAAACAUGACUGAUCUAUUCGGUGAUGCUUUGGAAAACGUUACCUCACCGGCGGAGGGACUUCAGCUUGACUUCAAUCCUAGUAUAUUCGGGAAUGAGCACAUCCUGAAGUCGCCGGCGUUCGACUUCUCCUUCGGUGCGGCCCCAGCAGCGAAUCCUGUUCACGCACCACCAUGAGCCACCCUGUGGUGGGAGUCCACGGACUUCGGUUCAGCAUGCUCCAGAUCGAGCUUGCUUUCUACCUUGGCACGCCAGGCCUCACUGCUGUGGAACAUCUAGUGGUGACGAAAGGCUACGGCAACGUCCCAUUGCAUCCCUUCAUCUAAUACCCUGAAGCGGAUCUCAUGCACCAUGCAUGUCCUAUGUCUAUGAUAGUACAUCUUGACCUGUGCUGUAUUCUAUUGCUGUCUAAUCGUUGCUCUUGUUUUUAAGUGUUUUCCCCUUUGCACAAUAUCUUUGCUUUUGCUCAUUCGAUGUUACAUAGUCAUUGUUGUACUGAUCUUUGUACCUGCCGUUGUAUGCUGUAAACAAUUGCAACUGAAUGCUGGACGU